ACAUGAAGAAGAGCUGCAGCCUUUUUCCCGUUUUUACGGUACAGUUUUAAUUCCGUCACGCCUCAUCCGCAGGCCGGAAGUAGUCGGUGCUCUAGGGAAGUAGCCUACAUUUGGUUUGACGACGUGCAAGAAUACAUUUCACUUUCCUGACAGAAAAUUUGUAUUGCCCUGAAAUUUGAGAGAAUCUCUCCUGGAGACAUUGUUAAAGCCAAGGGACAGUGUUUGGCCACAACAAUGUCGAAUCGUGUUUUGCAUAAACAGUUGGCGUCCAUCAUGGAAGUCUUGGCUAAUUCGGCAGUGGCUGAAAUCUGCAAAGUCGUGGAUGAUGGUUAUGCGGUUUUACGUUUGGAAAUAUCUCAAAGCAAAAAGGAGAACGACGCUCUCCGGCGGAAACUACAGGUGAUGGAGCGGCGGCUGCUUCAUGGACGUCCGGAAAAAACGAAGAUGCGAGAAAGCCCUGUACAUCCUCGGUCUGACGGACCUCACCUUUACAGUGAAAUGAAAGGAACUACAGUUCUGGAGGAGAGUUACUUUUCCCUGGAUCAGCAGAUGGUGGACAUCCCUAGGAGAGCUGGGAAGGCAAACGCUCUGGCGGAGAAAGGCUCUCCGGUGCAUCUCAUUGGAGAUCAGUGUGCAGAUGUGGAGGAGGGGAGGACUGAACUGGUUCUUAUAAAGGAGGAGACACUGGAAGAUGACCCACAGGGAGAGAUGAAAAAUGAGGAGCAAGAGGAGAGUUACUUUUCCCUGGAUCAGCAGAUGGCGGACAUCCCUAGGAGAGCUAGGAAGGCAAACGCUCUGGCGGAGAAAGGCUCUCCGGUGCAUCUCAUUGGAGAUCAGUGUGCAGACGUGGAGGAGGGGAGGACUGAACUGGUUCUUAUAAAGGAGGAGACCGUGGAAGAGGACCCACAGGGAGAGAUGAAAAAUGAGGAGCAAAGUCCGGAGGAGAGUUACUUUUCCCUGGAUCAGCAGAUGGCGGACAUCCCUAGGAGACCUAGGGAGGCAAACGCUCUGGCGGGAAAAGGCUCUCCGGUCCAUCUCAUUGGAGAUCAGUGUGAAAACAUGGAGGAGGGAAGGACUGAAUCGAUUCUUAUAAAGGAGGAGACCGUGGAAGAGGACAGAGACCCACAGGGAGAGAUGAAAAAUGAGGAGGAAGGAGCGGUGGAGUGGAGGGCAGGCAGCAGGGAAAAACGUCCCGUUGAGGAAACGCAGAAUAAAGCAGCGAAUCACACAGAGGAGCUCACUGAGCAGCACAGGACCAGACGCGCUGUUUGGGAGUGUGCAGACAUGGAGGAGGGAAGGACUGAAGCACUUCUGAUAAAGGAGGAGAGACUCAAAGAGAACCUGGGGAACCCCCACCGUCAGGGGGAGCUGAGGAACAGGGAUGAGACCUUCCGUCCUGCUGUGAGGUCAUGUGACGGUGCUGAAAGUGCUCUCGCUUUGGACGCACGGAACACUCCUGACGGGGACGACGGCGUUCCCAGAGCCGGACAGGAAGUGUGGGAUACCAGUGGACAGGAAACGGUCCUCAAAACAGAGUCGGUGUGUAAUAGUGUUACCAGGAGACUCCAACACAGAGGAGCUGAACACAGGCCAGGAGGACGGAGCAGCCUGGACUCUGAGUUUGUCAUGUUUGACAGACCAGGCCAGCUGGGCUCUUACUGUACACAAGGGGGCGCUGUGGCUGGGACGGAGGAUCCGUGUUGCUCUUACUCUGCAGAAACGGACCCGGAGAGCCUGUCGUUCCACUCCGAGCUGCAGCCGGGUUCCCCAGCAGAGGAACGGGGGAUUAACGGCUUUCCCUCUUUGCAUUCAAACCCGAGGGAUAUAACCGACUCUGUCGACUGUUUGCAUUCAAACCCGAGGAACGUUACCGACUCUGUUAAGGCUGCAGCUGAGAUGCACUCAGCAUUGAGCAAAAGGCCCACGCCAGGACCAGCCCUUAACAAAAACAGACUUUACAAACAAAUGGCGGACAGAGAGGCCGCUCGGCUGGGAAACGGCGGCAUCCUGUACCCCGGCCACGCCCACAUACCUGGGCGAGAGAGCCAGGUAAACCAGGUGCAUUCCAAACCCGAAGCCUCGCUGGGGAAGAGGUAUUCGCUCUGCGGCGUCCAGGCCUCUGAGAGCAGCUGUGGCGCGGUCGCGGGAGAGAGGCCUUUUAUCUGCACGUACUGCGGCAAGACUUUCUCCCGGACGCGCAAUCUGGAGACCCACCUGAGGGUGCACACCGGAGAGAAACCGUUCAGCUGUACGCAGUGCGGCAAGAGCUUCAGCCAGCUGUGCAGCCUGAAAACGCACCUGAGCGUGCACACGGGGGAGAGACCUUUCCGCUGCACUCAGUGCGGCAAGCGCUUCGCCCAGCCGGGAUACCUCAAGAGGCACCAGACAGUCCACACGGGAGAGAAACCGUUCAGCUGCACACAGUGCGAGAAGAGUUUCUCUUUUUUAAGCAAUCUCAUCAGACACCAGGGCCUCCAUGCAGGAGGGAGACCGUUUACAGGUAGCCUGAGACGUGUGGCUUACAGUACAAUGUCGGUUAUUUUUCAUAAGCAGCUGGCCUCCAUUAUGGAGGUGUUAACGUCUGCGGCAGUAACAGAAAUAAGCAAACUUGUAGAUGACGGUUAUGCGGUUUUACAUCUGGAAAUGUCUCAGUACGUGAAAGAGAACGAGGCUCUGAAGAGGAAACUGCGGACGAUGGAGCUGCGGGUCUCGCGAGCGUGUCCGGAGAGAACGGACGCGCGAGAGAGCUCUGCAAGCAGUCGCCGUUUCGGCGUGCAAGUUUGCCAUGAAGCGAGAACUGAAGAGAGUUGUUUUCAGACCUUAGGGAAGCAGGCGGUCAGCCGUCUGCACGCACGUGGAUGGACCACACCUGUGCCUGACGAUAACGUUCCCGAGCAACCUGCCGUUUCCCCCCACCAGUGUGCAGACAUGGAGGAGGAAAGGACUGAACCACUCCUUAUAAAAGUGGAGGAACUGGAAGAAGACAGAGACCCACGGUGGGAGAUUAAUGCCAGGGAGGAGGGAGCGGUGGAGUGGAGGGCAGGCAGCAGGGAAAAACGUCCUGUUGAGGAAACGCAGAAUAAAGCAGCGAAUCACACAGAGGAGCUCACUGAGCAGCACAGGACCAGACGCGCUGUUUGGGAGGUCAGUGGACUGGAGUCUGUCCUAAAAGCAGAGGGACAGAGCGAGUGUGUCGAGACGCUCCAACACAGAGGAACUGAACACAGGGCAGGAGGACUGAACAGUCUGGACUCUGAGUUUGUAAGGUUUGAAGGACCAGGCCAGCUGGGGUCUUACUGUACACAAGGGGGCGCUGUGACGGAGACAGAGGAUCCGUGUUGCUCUUACUCUACAGAAACGGACUCGGAGAGCCUGGCCUUUCGCUCGGAACUGCAGUUUACUGCUUCGAAAGACGACGGCGGUCAUGCCAGUCUUUCAGCAGGCUCCCGCGAUGUGAACCCGGAUGCACCGAUGGAACCCGUGUCUGUUAAAAUAGAGGCGGACCUUCAGCCUGCCUGGAGCAGGAGGCCCGUGUCUGAGCUUGUGUACUCAGAGCAGAGACACGGCCCUGUGGAGAGAGGAAGACAGGCGGCGCUGCCCCAUAACGUUUUCUCACUGCGCCUGCCGCAUAAUAUAUCUGCGACAACGGGAACCACGGCAACAGCGCCGCAGUCAAACCCGGACGACGUAAACGGAACUCCGCUCUACGAGAAGAGGUGCACUGCAUCCAAAGGCUUCAGGGGUCACCGCAAGGUCUGCACGAGGAAGAGGAAGUUCAUCUGCAAAUACUGCGGAAAGGGUUUCCCUCGCGCAAAGGAGCUGGAGAUUCACCAGAGAGUGCACACGGGGGAGAAACCGUUCGGCUGCACGCACUGCGGGAAGCGCUUCACCCAGAAGUGUAACCUGAAGACGCACCUGAGCAUCCACACUGGGGAGAAACCGUUCCGUUGCCUGCAGUGCGGGAAAGGCUUCGUCCAGUCGGGCUACCUGAAGGCGCACCAGAGAGUCCACACGGGGGAGAAACCGUUCAGCUGCGCCAAAUGCGGGAAGAGGUUUGGCCAGUCUUCUUACCUGCGGUCCCACCAGAGUGUGCACACCGGGGAGAAACCGUUCAGCUGCGCACACUGCGGGAAGGGCUUCACUCGGUCCUGUCACCUGAAAAGGCAUCAGACUGUUCAUGAGCCUGGAAACUGCGCCGAUGUGGACUUAUUUUGAUGAAGCUUUGCUCUGUAGGUCACUCAGGGUGAGGGUGUGUGCUAAAUAAAGUUGGCAAAGGUAACAGAAAUGAGAUUCCACCAUAUAGGGAAAUUAUAUUUUUGUAAGUGGUUCCUGUGAUGGUGCGUGGCCCAGUGAUUUAGCAAAGCCUUUCUCACAGAAGUAGUUUUUAAAACAGAAACAAAACGACACCCCAUAACUUCAGAAUCAUAUUUCUUAUGAAGAAAAAAAAGUAAUAAUUUCUUGUUUUUUUCAAUUUAAACAGAUGAUUGGUUGAUUACUUACUAAAAGGACAAGAAACUGAGUGAGCUUCAAUUUUAAAAAAGCUUGCUUCUCAUGUGGGUGCAUGUCCCUCAAGCCCUAGAUAUUACCCUAGAUGACGAUUUGUCAGUGCAGCAUAUAUAUAAUGUAAUGUGCAUCUAAAAUGUGAGAUUACAUAUAUGCAAAGGCCACCAGUUCUUGGGUAGAAUUUGUCUCAAUGGUUGCAGUCGCCAGUGCAGUUUUAAAUGGAUGUAAUUUGAGUAUAAUUGAUUACAGAACAUUCUGAAAAACUUCUGAACAUUUUUUAUGAAAGUGUGUAUCGUACCUUUAAAUUAUUAACACAUGCUUAUGUAUUGUUAUACUUUGUAAUGAUGAAAUAAAUGUCUGUAAUACCUGA